GAGGCCCAUUAUCUCCGGUCUUCUCGUUCUACUUCUAGUUACCCAAAUUAAGAACGUACUGGUUCGCUUUUAGCGCGAGAGAGAAAUGGAGGCCCUGAUUGCCUCGUACGGAGACUCGUCGUCGGGCUCAGACUCCGAGUCGCCGGCUCCACCUCCAUCACCACCUCCGGAGCUCAACAACCCUCAAGAACCGACCCCUGCGCUGCCUCCACCUCCUCUGUCACUUCUCGACAACCCCAAUUCCUUCGGAUUUCUGGACUUCUCGGCAAGCGCCCAGCCGAGCAGAGUUCGGAACUUUCCUCACGUCGAAGGGAACUACGCAGUACAUGUAUACAUCCCAGUUUAUAUACCACCAGCACCAAGGAAAGAGAUGGCCUUGUUUUUGAACAAGCUAGCUUCUCUGGUGCCUGGUCUCCAUGCGGUUGACGUUGACUUCCUGCUUGACAUUCUGCGUAAGGACGAGCACAAGCUUGAACAAGUUGCUUUAGGCAGAGAGUUCCAUAUAAGUCUCGGAAGAACUGUUCCGAUUCGGGUGCACCAGAUUGAUUCCUUGGUGACAAUGCUGCGGCAGAAGCUUCAGAUUCAGAGGCGGUAUGGUUACAUUUACAUUCUCUUGUCUGCAUUGCGUGAAUUUAGUUCUGUUAUUUAACAUAAUUCUGUAAGCCUGCAAAUUUUUCGUCCAUUUUCAGUUUAACACAUUUUGUUAUUGUGAAACAAGUAUUGGAUUGAUUUUAGCAAGUGGUAGGUUUUUGUUAAUGAUGAUCAGACCCGGACCUUUGUGUCUAUCGAAAUCAUUGCUGCUGGGUUAGCUGAGGUAUGAUUGCUAGCUUUCUCUCUUGGUGCAAUUCUAAAUGUUUUCAGUUGUUAUAUGGGCUUAAGAUUUAGCAAGGACUUGCCGAAAGUCAUGGGAUUUUGAAAUAUCGAGAUCUUGCUUGCUUAUUAGCUUAGAUUUGGUCUUCGAUGCACUUGUAACAUGAAAAACACAAACGAAAACUAAUGCAUGAUAUGCUCAUGGUUUUAACAUGUGUUGUCCUGGCGUAAAUCAUGUUCCUAAUCAUGUCAUGUGAGUAUAAGCCUAUGAAACUUAGGGCAUGUUUGGCGGGCUGGACAAGAUUGGAAUUGGUAUUUCAGACUAGUUAGGUUAGGAUUGAACUGGAUAGGAUAGGUUUUUUGUCUAAAGAUUGGUGUAGACUGUCUUAACCAGACUAGGAACGAUGGGAUUUAAAACGUGAAACAGAUCGGCGACAUCCCAACGAUGACCCGCCCACCCAACAACUCUGCUCGUGACUUGCAACACCUCUCGUACCCUCCACGCCCCUUGCGGCCCGUCAGACCACUCUGAUAUCCUGGAGGAGUGAAACGUGGUUACUAGAAGCAUACCUGUUUUCGUAUUAAUGCACGGUUGAAUCAGCUUUCAUUGUCUACAAGUCUGAAAUAUUUUAACUUCCAUUGAUUUCAGAUAACAAAGCAGAUUCAAGCUGUGAAUGAGGUGUAUAAGCUUCACAAUCAUCCUAAAUUUUACAAGGAUCCACGCCCUCACAUCUCGGUAGCUUGGGCAUUGGGUGACAUCAGCAAUUCCCUGAACAAAGUGGUUGAAGAAGAAAGACGAAGAUCUACCAUCGGAGGAUCGUUACAGAAAUGUAUUUUUACCAGUAAAUUCAAUGGUAUCGAAUGUAGGAUUGGUAAUAAGACACACAAAAUAUGUAAAUUUUCUGAAGAAUAAUGUAGCCAUUUAACUGUAUUGUGAAAUUCCGAGAAUAUAUCACUGAGCAUUGGAUGAGAAGA